CUGUUUUCUCCUUUAGAUGUCUUUGCAGCUAGGCUGAGGGAGGGCCUUUCUAAUGGGCUCUGUGGGUAUCUGAUGUUUGCCUGGCCCACGUGGCAAUGAAGGUGGCACUGUAAAGGGAAGGAGCACCAAACUUCUUGAAUGUUUGUGAUAUUUGUAGUUUUCUUUGACCUCAUUUAAACUUGCAUUCCUUUUUGGCUUUUGCUGUCUUGAUUAUAUUAUUAGCGGGAGUCAGUUUCUUUUGCUGAAUUGUUUUAGAUGUGGCCCUUGACUAUAUCCUGAGCACAAAUGUGGGUUUUGCAUGAUAGUGCCACAGAAAUUACCUAGUUAAGCAAUACAGCUGUGAGAUCCUCAGCUGACUGAGUAAUCCACAGUAGGUGGCAACUCUUACAUCUGAACAGUCAGAGCUUGCCAUCCUGUCCAGAAACAGCACGUACAGAAAUCUGAAAUAGGGGGAAUAGGCCCUUGUUUCACUGCAACGAAAGACCUGAUCAUUCAGGGUCACAAGCAUUUGGAUUUUCUCUGUUGUUGUCUUGUCCAUAUUAUUCUAUUUAUGCUAACCCCUGGUGAUUUACUGCUGGGACCUCCAUAAGAAAGAGUUUUGGAGUAUUUGUUAGGUUGCUGUGGUAAGCCUGAGAGAAAGGUAAGCCCAGUUUAUCUUGUGUUCCUUGUUUAAAAACAGACCACCUUUUCAACCUAUUGUGACUUGAUUCAUACUUUCUCCGUGAUUAUCUAUAGCCACCUCCUACCUCUCCCACUGCCACCUCCUACCCUUCCUAUUGGCAUUUCUCUGUACCUCAGUCCCUGCCCCACGUAGGAGUUUGCAGUGAAGCAGAGGGACAAGCUGGAGUCCUCCUGAUUCAGGGUUGGUCUACAGCAGGUUUGACCACAAAGGGAAGAGUCUCAGGCACUUUGGUAAGAGAGUUGUCCUGACAUUGUUCUUUUCUGGGCAGUUUUCUAGAGUGAAUUUUCUUUCUCAUAAUCUCAUCUUUUGUGGAACAAAAUUUUAAUGGCAAACUCUAAAUAUUGUUGUCUUUUGUCUCCUGCUAAGGUUGAUCGGCCAGAUGUUUAACAUUUGGGCCAUUAUGUCUUAGAUUUGCCACAAGUGCUUUCAUUUGCAAAUGUGCUACUAACCUACUUUUUCAUGGGGCUGGAGUUUCAGGACUGGGAUCUGCAGUCUGAUCUUUAUAGGGCUCUGCACCCUGGUGUCCCUGCUGCUGAAACUGGGAAAAUGGUGGAACCCACCAUUUCAGUGAUAGAGUACUUGGAAUGCAAAUGGCAGAGGUAACUGGUGUUUCAGGAUUCUGGGAAUGACUGAGUUGAAUGAUACUGAUGUUUGCUUCAGACAAAAUGCUUAGCAGAGAAUUUAGAUCAGAGACAUUGAUAAGACUGGAAUGUCAGCCCAAGCCAAGGAUAUGCUUUGUGUGCUGCCUCCUGACAUAAGCCCCACUCUUUCUGUGGGAUUUCCGUUCCAAGGUAAGAUGAUUUUUUUUUUUUCAGAAGCUCUCUGAAUGGAGAGUGGAAGUGUGUCUGAGUGGCUGUUGGAAAGUAGCCAUUUGACACCGUCUAGGAUAGGAAACAAAGAAUUAUCUAGCUUCCUGAAAAGAUUUCAGGGUGGUAUGGUGGCUGACUGGGAGCUGCGCCUGCAUUCUGAAAGGGAUCUCUUCCCUGUCGUGGUUUAAAUUUGUAUUUCUAGUGAGGUCUCUGUCCCAGUGUCUCUGCAUAGUGCAGAAGCAGCUCUGACAAGCUUUGGUUCUUGGCAGUUGCUGGCCAGUUUUCACCAGUAGCUGAUGGAUCUGAAAGCAUGUGAUGGUCCCACACACUGAGUGCGGUGUGAUUCCUUUCUUGGCGUUGGGAGAGCAAGGAGCACAGCUCCAGAAGGGAGGAUUUGCUGUCACACAGUUUUGAGACUUGAUGGUCUUUCAUCUCCUGGAAGAAGGAUUUAUGAUGUUGAUCAAAGGGCCAGAGUUGUAAUCUGGGCUCUAGGGUGGAGCUGUUCAGUUUUUUUGGUCAAUAAUUAAUAAUUUUAACUGCUAAGAGAAUCAGACAGGGUCGUUUUCUCUGGGCUGUUGUUGGAGGCAAACAGUCUGGGAAAAUCUGGAAAAAUCCUAUUAGAAAGAGCCUGGAGAAUAAAAAUCUCUCUGGACGAUUAAUAUGAAGCUGUUUGGAUCUGGCUCUGCUGAGAAGUUGUGGUGCUCAGUCCCUUUAGGUAAAUGAACACUGGCCAUGCUGAGCCUGAAACAAAAUAGCUCCAUCCUGAUUCUUUUGUAAAUAUUACCAAAUGGCAGCAAAUCAAGGGGAAUUUUAUCCAUUCUACUGAUUUAUUAGCUUUCUGUCCCGUGUCCUUCCCUGUUCUGCACUUCAGAGCAGAAAACAUAUGGCUAACUCUGUUCCUGCCUGCCCUGAAAUAUAUUCUGGGAUGAUGAUGCUAUUUUGAGACAAAAGCAGAAGGCUGGUUCCCAUCCUCGGGCUGAAUUCCGUGAUCCCAGGGUUAUCCUGUGUGGUCAGAAAAGUAAUUGUUUCUUGUGGGAUGGGUGCGUGGUGUUAAUAACUUAUUGAAAAUGUAGUUUUAGUGACAAAAAGUUAGCACACUCAUUUUCUAGCUGACCUUAAUUUCUGAUUCAGUUCAAGGCAGGCUGGAUUUGAAUAUCCUUUAGGCUCUCUGGCCUAAAGAGGGGAAAGAGUACAGAAAAACAUUUUGCAGAAUAUGUUGGGAAAUAAGUUUUUGGUUUUGUUUUUCACUUAAAAAUAGCGCAGCAGUUUCAUGGAGACUCUCCUUUGUGUGCUAUGUCCCUGUCUCUUCUGGGGACUAGGAUCUUGCUGGAGGAGGCUGUCCAUGGAGAAAGAGCAGGCAUGUUGUUGCUGUCCUGUGCAGUGGUGUGUUACAGGAAGAUGACAGCAAAUGGCAUCCAGGCCACAGUUGAAGGAGUUCUCAGAACGGGACUAUUGUUGGGAAUCAGAAUAUUUUAGUUUUAGGAAACCUUUUGCUUCUGGGAUUCAAUGCUUUUCGGAAGGAAAAAGGUGGUGCUCUGCUGAUCCUUUCAGACCUGCCUUAAGGUGUGUGUUUCAGGAGUGUUUUACGCAGGCUCUGGAGGGGGUCUCUGUGUGGUUUUGCUCUUCCUAACUCUGAGUGCCUCUUUUUGUGAGCAUUGCAGCAGUGAAAUUCAUCUUUACACAUGGCUGGAACAGAGGAGGUUUGAUUUCACUGCACGAAUCACUUCUGAAAAGUGUGAUUUUUUUCCUUGCUCACAUCACAGCAUUUGGAGGAAACACAAGCUGUAUGGGAAGAGCAGGGCUCAUAACAGCUCUGGCAAUGUAUUCCUUCCUCAUUCUGCUGCCCAGUCUGAAAUACUAGUGUCUUCUUUGUGGUCAAUAUACAAAGUUAUGGCUAUGAGGUUCAUCAGCAUUCCCACUUUACACAAUAACUGGCUUGCUUUCUUUUGGGAUAAGUAAACUGAGGCUUAACAUGUGAAUGGCAUAUGAAUUUCUCACUGCCGUGGGAGGCUGCAAGUUGGUGUAUCAGUGUUCAGGAAAGAGGCCUUCACUGUUUACUCCAGCUGUGUAAGUAAUCCCUGCCCAGUGAUUUCAAAGCUUUGCUGAAGCUCAGAGCAUAUUUCUGCUACGUUUUGUGGGAAGUCUGGUGCGUCACACCAUUAAUUGUCAGUCUGCAGGGCUGCCCUCACAGAUAAGGUGUGCUGCUAGUGUGUGUGAGACCUGUGAUUGAAGUGGGAAAACAAGAUGGAGAGCUAGGAGUGUACCUUCUUGCAUGUUACUAGAUUGAAACUGCAAUUUCAGCAGUGAAUAUAUUUUUCAAUGGUGAAUCUGGUACCAAACCUACCCAAAAACCCCAUUUUGGCUGGCUGUUGGCUGCAGGUACCAAAGCUGUAACUAGUGCUGAUGAUUUGCUGUUGGUGAUUGACAUGGGGAGGUAAAAUCAAUCUUGGAGCAACAGUAGCUGUUGUUUCUCUAGGUAGGCAAAGGUAGAAGUGGCAGACAGAACUUGUAUUGAAGGUGUGUUGCAAUGUGUCUUUGGUGGCUAAUGGACUCAGCAAAGGCCUAGUAGUAAAGGAUAACAAGGGUCCUUUUCCCUUCCAGUACGGUACAUGAUUAUUGGCUCCAUUAAUACAGGCUGCCUGCAUUUCUGCUGCUUUUGGAUGUAGUUUCUGGCUUUGACCUUGUGUUUGUUUGGUUGGUUUAAGAAUAUUUGUAUGAUACAAAAUUAUGAGUUCCCUCUGUAGAAUUGAGCCCAUCCAAAGCAAGCCCAGCUUGUGUACCACAUUUUAAUGUACAAGAUCAAGGGAAGGGAGAGUAUCUAAGGAAUUUUAAGUUUCUAAGGGAGACUGAGGGAAUGGAGAAUUUCUUCCUAGAGCCCUGCUCUGAUCAGGCUCUUGUCUUGAUAGGCCCAUCUGAGUCAGUUGAGUAUAUAGCUGUGAGAGAUGGAAAGGGGCUAGGUGUGACAAUAAAAUGCCUUUGUAGACUUCUCCCUGCCCAGAGAAACCUUUUAUUCCCUUUUUUUUUUCUAAUUGGCAGUUUAUUUUUUUAUUCAGAAUCUACUAAACUUUUUUUUUUUUUAAAGCUGUGGGUGUGUUAAGAUAUAAAUUGUCCCAUCUUCAGGUUAUUAGUGAAAUUUAGCUUCUUGCAAAACAGUCUGUGGGAUGUGGUAUUCAUAUGGUAUGAUGCUGUUCUCUAUACUCUUCUGAAGUUGUUCAGAGGACUUGACAUUCAGAAUUAAUUGCAAUUAACCCUUUUAAAAGUGGCAGUAGAGCAGUUGUCAUUUUGGUGGCAGGGGAAGUGUAACAGUAAGGGCCAGAAAUUUGACUGUGAUUGUAAGAAUUAGGUGCAAAUUCAAGGAAGAGAUUUGGGAAUCAGGGAUUGCUGUUAUUGCCUCUAACUGUUAGAUUAGGUUGCUUUGGAGAGGAGCACUGGGGAAAGAUGAAAUGGAAGGAGGUUGUCUGCUGCAAGACAGCAGACCAGGGUGCACUUGAUGGGGCCCAACCAGGUGAUGACAAAUAUGGAAGAAAAGUAGUUUUGUUCAGUGCCUGCCGGAUGCCCCCAAGUCAUCAGCUAGAUCACGUGAAACUGCUGGGGUACCUGAAAUUCACACUGGACCAGUAUGUGGAGAGUGAUUACACACUGGUGUACCUGCACCAUGGCCUGACCAGUGAGAACAAGCCAUCCCUGAGCUGGCUGCGGGAUGCCUACAGGGAAUUUGAUCGCAAGUACAAGAAGAACAUCAAAGCCUUGUAUAUUGUGCAUCCAACCAUGUUCAUCAAGACCCUGCUGAUUCUCUUUAAGCCUCUGAUCAGCUUUAAAUUUGGACGAAAGAUUUUUUAUGUGAAUUACCUUAGUGAGCUGGAGGAGUAUGUGAAGCUGGAACAGUUGGGAAUCCCAAGCCAAGUGCUGAAAUAUGAUGAAUACCUGAGAUCCCUGCAGAAACCUUUACAAGUGCCCCAGAAGCCAACACCCCCACGCCCACCGCUGCCAAACCAGCAGUUUGGAGUCUCGCUCCAGCAUCUCAGGGAGAAGAGCCCUGAUCAGUCUCCUGUUCCUCUGGUGGUCAGAGACACUAUUGCUCAUUUGCAGGAGCAUGCUCUUGCUACAGAGGGAAUUUUCCGGAGAUCAGCAAAUACACAGGUUGUCAAGGAGGUCCAGCAAAAAUACAACAUGGGUGUGCCUGUAGAUUUCCAGCAGUAUGAAGAUGUCCAUCUCCCCGCUGUGAUUCUCAAGACUUUCUUGAGGGAGCUACCUGAGCCCCUUCUCACUUUUGGCCUCUACAGCCAUGUUGUCAGCUUCCAGAGUGUGGAGGAGGUGAAUCGUGUGGAUGUUGUUCGCAGAACACUCCAGACUUUGCCAGAAGAAAACUACCAAGUGCUCCGUUUACUGAUAGCCUUCCUGGUGCAGGUCUCUGCUCACAGUGACAGAAACAAGAUGACAAAUGCCAACCUGGCAGUUGUGUUUGGCCCAAAUCUGCUGUGGGCCAAAGAUGUAGCCAUCACUCUAAAAGCCAUCAACCCCAUCAAUACCUUUACCAAAUUCCUGCUGGACCACCAGAAGGAGCUGUUUGAGGAUGCAGAGGCCUGAAUCCAGGCCAGCCCACACCAGCACACUGUGCCCACCUUCCCCCUUCUUUAUCUUGGAGCUGCGACCAAGCUGUCUCCAGUACAAAGGGACCAUUGAUUCUCUGGGUGAUGAGCAGAGUGAGGGCUGUGGAGAUGGUGGUGAAAGUGUGCAAGUAAGUGUGCAGGAGACCUACAGCUCCGAUGAGCAGGGGAGCUGGUCUCCCAGCUGCUGAGUGUGGAGUCAUAACCCACCUGUGCAGCUCCUCCAGGGCUCAUCACCAGUCUGCUGCCCUAUCAGAUGACCUGCCUUCCUUUCUUCCUUCCCCUACAUGCAGUUUUUCUGCCCUCCUGGUCCCUUCCUCAGCAAAGGUCUUUUUUGUUUAAGCUCCCCAUAGCCCCAGCUCACCUCCCCUGCCUCAGCUGGGCUGCCUGUGCUAGGGCAGGCUCGCUGGGUUUUGUGACAGAGACAUUCUUACUGCGAGUGCCAUUUCUCAGCACUAAAUGUGCAUCCUUGCCUUUCACCAGAGGCACCUAAAGCAGGGAAGGGAGCCAGCAGUCCUUGUGCUUCAGGUAGCAGCAUGUCCUGCACUUGCAAACAUCACUCUGUACCCCCAGGUUUUGGCAGGCAAGUGAAGAACAGGUUCACAGCAAUGGGCUUUAUUACCUGUCAGACUCCAAAACAAUGAAGGUGAAUUUAGCCCAAAGCCCAACCUCUCUGGAGUCACCCGCUCCAGAUACUAUUCAGUGUUUGCUGGUGUAGUGGAUAAUAUGCCUCCCAUAGCUACCCUGCUCAGGCAUGUUUGUCGUUCCAGCAGCAAUUCUGGCCUGGCUGUGUGGAGGUGCUGGCUAGGGCCCUUUGACAGCUGGUGAGUCUGAAUGGCAGGGAGCAAGUGCCCUGGUGGCCUGUCCCAGCAGCAGCACAAGGCCUCUUCUCCCUCUGGCUUGUGUAUCUGUGCUGACUGGCAUGGACCACCUUGAGAUGUAUUUUUGAGCAGAACUUUCCCCAGCACAAUGUAACAGAGAGCAUGGCCUUGAGGGAAGGUCUGGGGACUGGGGCCAACCUUCACCCUGGAGUGCACCAGGCCUGGAUUACAAACUUCUACCCAGGUGCUGAGCACUCACGUGCCAAAGCUGUGAGGGAACAGCUAUUCCAUGCCAAGGGCCUUUGCCCUGUCUCCUCAGUUCAUACUUUCCUUCCUACCAUAAAAGCCUGGUCAGAUGCAUCCUGUAUGCCCUUGGCACAGCUGGAGAGAUCGGGUAGCCCACAAGGCAGGCUCAGAGUGGAGUGGUCCUGGCACCAUCCCAGAGCAGCUGCAACACUGUUAUGGCAUCGCUGUUGGUUUAGGUUGCAGCAUUGCUGUUAUCUGAGCUAAAAGAGAUCCCUCUCCUUAGCCUGGGUCUCUCAGGGAGGGAACUUCUAGCCUUACUUCACUGGUGUGAUGUAUCUUUAUAUCUUGUGCCCUGCAUGCCUGGGCCAGCCCUCCCUGCUGCAUCUGGCCUCAGGGACAAAUCUUUUGGACCAAGCAGAACUGGUUUUUAAAAAGCUACUGGAUGCUAAAUAGAAUUUGCUAUUUCAUAAUAUUUUAGCCUGCUUAUAAAUACUGACCAAAGGUUGGUGCCCCUGUUGUAAUCAAAAUAAGUGACAUCUGUCACAGGAAUUAAGAAGAUUGCUCUUUUUGCUAAGCUCUGGAAUGGGAAUGGGUGCAAACAUAGGCAGCUCUGCAAGGCAGCACAGGUCCAGCCAGCUGUCUUGGAGGAGGCACACCAACAUGUGGGUGGGAACAGUGAGGAAGAAACUGAGCAUUACUAAGACUAGAGCAAGAGAUGUUCUAGGAUAGGACUGGAUCUGAUCUAUUAUAGAUACUGGGACAUUUUGCCCUAAGGAUGCUACAAGGACUUCCAAGUCUCUCUUCCAAGAGUAGGAGCCUUCCUUGUUUGGCCAGGAUAUGAAUUGUUUCAUCCUGAACAAUUCACAGCAGUAACCAAAUAAAUGUUUUGGAGGUAGAGAUAAUCUGCUCCUAAUCCACCUGUGGUCUCUCCUACAGUAAAUUAGCACAGCUGAUGUGUUGUGGAGGAGUAAUCUCUUGAGGGGGACAGUGUGGAAAGAGGUGUACUUGCCCCAGUGUUUAAGGGGCAAGGCUGCAGAGGCUGAGGGAGCCCAGUUCAGCCCCUCUUUCCCUGCAGGCACCCUGCUCUGUGUAGGCUUUGGUAUGGGGAGAGGGAGAUUUGGUGCUCUGACUGUAUUGGCAGCUGAUGCUGGCCUCACCUCCAUCUCCCUAUGGGAAAGGCAAACCCAACUAACUUCCCCUGCAACAAACAAGCCCAAGCUCAGCAACUUGGAAUCAAAGUGCCUGUGUGCUGGGGCAUAAGGCCUUGGCCCUAUGCGCUCCCUGGGGAAGGUGGCACGUUCCAGCCUUGCAGAGUAGCAAGGACUGUUCCCUGCCUAGUAGCCAGGGGAGCAGUCCUGGAGUAGCUCCUGCCCAGAGGGAGAGCAGGGAUUGCUGCUAGUGUCUGAGUUCUGGCUGGAGUUUGGUGGUUUAUUUUGGGGUUUUUUUUGGAUUUUUUUUUUUAGUGAAUUCUUGAAAUAACAUUUCCUUUUUUAGCAAAACAGAGACUGGUGUAUCCCCUGCAGGCAGGGAUAAAAGCCUGCUCCAGUUCAGUGCCUGGUGGGAGCAGAUUUGGAGGGUGUUCAGGAACUGCUACUGCUCAUGGUGGGAAAGUGCUUGCAAAUCCUAGAAGGGACACAGUGUAAAUAUCCCCUUUCCUCUGCUGCUCCUUGUGCUGGAGUUGCUGAGGGCUCUGGAGCAGGCACAGUAACCAGAGUUGCUUUUGCUUCUGCAAUCUGUUCUCCUGAAUGCCUUGUAUUGAAAUAUCCCUCCUGUGACUUGAGCAAGGAACUGGCCUGGGCCUGCCUACAGCCUUUGCUGGGUGGGUGGUCACCAGAGCCUGCACCUGCCAAGGCCAGGGGCUUAAAUUCCCUCCCCACCUGGUCAGCUUCCUCACACAGGCAGGGUGCUGGCUGGGCUGGGGUUCUCUGCCUUGUAUAGGUGGGAGGCAGUAUCUGAUUAGGUGCUGGUCUGUGUUGGUUUUCUCCUUGCUGUAAGCUGCCCUAGGGUCUCUUCCCUGGCUCUUUCAGGUUAGCUAUUAGCCAUUUCUCCCUGUGGGGAUAUUUGUUCUGCAUCAGCCUUCUGCUUUUAGCACCUAGAACAUUCCCCUUUGCUAAGCCUCCUGCUGUCUUAAUGGCCUUUGAUCACUCCUUGGCCCAAGCUAUGUAUUGGCACCAGAGCUUUUUGGUGGUGCAGGGGGUCGGGGGCCAUCUGGAUGCCUUGUGGCAAUGUUUGCUAACUCGAGAGAGAGCUGAGGGCCAGUUUGGUCCCAGUUUCCUCUUUAUGCACAGGGGCUCCUGUGUGAAAUUUUUGGCUUUGCUUUUGUUGCUGAUGUUCCCUGCCUUCUUUUUUGUUAAUGUUCGUCAGGUGCAGGCCUGGGGUUUUCACAGUUCAGACUGUUUAUAUUCUGCUAAUCUGCACCAAUCUUAUAUUUCACAGUUUGCACUUUUUGUAUUUCAAUAAAAAUUAAAAUGUAA